CGUUUAACGGUUAUUAAGUUGCAAAAAAAUACCAAAUGUAACGGUAUAAACAAAUAAUUAAUUAAAUUUUACUUAUAUCUUUCGUACAUAACAGCAAACCUCAAAAAGAACAGAAAAAUGUGAACGAUAAAAAACAUUAAAGUGAGGAGGCGUCUAAAAAUAAUAAAAAAACAAUUAAACAAAAAUAUUUAUUUGAAAAGAAAAACCUCAAAGAACCUAAUGAUGAACCAAAAACUAGACAUUUAUGUUUAUGACAUGUGUACUUACGAGUUUUGUACUUAAACAUCAGUGUUUGACACAACAUACUAGAACUAGAAUAUUUAAAAGAUAAUAAUAACAAUAACAACAAAGAUAUGAUUAACAACAUGAUGUGCGACAACAAUAAAAACUAUAAACCAACUAAUAAAUAAAUGAGAAAAGUAAAUACAAACAAAUUAAAAUAAUUGACAAAUAAUAAUUAUAAACAAAUAACUACAAACAAAUAACAUAAACGUAAACAAACAACUAAUAAUAAUAAACAAACAGCAAAGUGACACUCACCAACAACUAGAACAUUUAUUCAACCGUCAUUCAAUUCAUUCAACUUUUAGUGAUUGUUCUUCUUGUUGCUUGUUGGUGUUAAAGUACAGUGAACAAUAAACAGUGUAAACAACAAUAACAACAUUUUAUGUUGAAAACAACUAAAACAAAGUACCUAAAAGAGUGAAAAAAAAAAACAAUCAACAACUAACAAACCAAUAAAUAAAUAAACAAACAAAUAAAUAAACAACAUAUUGUUGUCUAAAGACAGCAACAGCAUCAUUUACCUUCCAGCAACAUCGACAGCAAUAACAUAAAACAACAACAGUCAAGAUGUCAACCACAUGUUGCGGAUUAAAACUGUUAAUUGCCAUCAUUGUGUUUGUCACCUAUGAAAGUGGCAACAACAACUACAAACACACCUGUAAUGCCUUCGAGGUCUACUUUCCCAUGUCGGCCAUACAAUUAAAUCUCCCCUUAAAUGAAAAAUCACAAAGUAUAUUCUCCAAAAUACCCAUAGGACAAUUUCAAGUCCUGGCGGUCAGCAAUAACAGUGUGGCCACCGAUUAUGUUUACAGUUUAGAAAAUAAUGAUCUUUUAAAUAUAAAUAGCAUCACAGGAGAAGUAUUCAUACGAAAUGAUUAUAAACCCAUUCCAGAUAAAGCCAAAUAUAUAUUAACCGCUCUCAGUAAGAGUACAGAAGAUGUAACAAAAAUAUCACACAUGUCCUUGGAACUAAAACCGUUGAGCGAACAGAAAUAUUGUGCCAAUAUGGAAAAUAUAUGUUUUUGGUCUUCGGCUCAUUACACCAUACUGGAGGAUGUUAAUGUGGGCAUUAAGGAGGAUCAACAGAAUUUCAAACCCAUACAGAUAGGUUCUUUAAAUCCCAGAGCCGCUAAAUAUCUAUGUCCUUAUAUGAAUUUAACGUAUAAUCUUUUAAAUGCCAGCGAUCUAUUUAUAUUGAAAAAUAAUCUAUUAUUUACACGGGCUCCUUUGGACUAUGAGCUAUUGAAUUCAACGCAUCAAACAAAUCUUACGGUUGCUGUUAGUUGUCGCGUUGAGGUGGAAGAGAAAAAAUUCAAAGAAUUUCGUAAAAACAUUAAUAUUCAGAUAGUGGAUCGUAAUGAUAAUGGGCCGGAGUUGCAGAAUAAGAAAAUUUAUAAUUUCUAUUUGGAUAAUCCGCAUUUUAAGGAGAAUGACACCAUUGGCGAGAAAAUAAUCUUUGUAGACAAAGACUCUAUGGAAACGAAUGCUCAUCAAACUUAUAAAAUUUUGGACGAUACAAAUGAUUUGGUGCGACCACUGUGUAAUGCCUACGAAGCUGAUCACACGGGAAAAAGGAGUUCUAUAAUAAGUUGUCAAAUUGUUUUUGCUCGAAAUGGAAUUCUCAGCCAACCAUCGUACUGUUUUAUAUUAGAAGCCACCGAUAAGACAAUUGAUAUCCAUGUCCCUAACACUGCCAAAGCCCAUAUUUGCAUUAAGUCCGAUCCUAGUAAAAUACACGAAGCAGAUCGACCCAAAGCUUUAGCGUUGAGAUCACGGCACCAUCGUAAAUCUAAUGUAAUGAAUUCUGAAGAAUCUAUAUUGAAUUCAGAUGGUUUUGGUCGUACCAUCACACGCAGUAUACUCAGUACUUAUCCUAAAGAUGCGUAUGUUUAUCGUACGGCCCAACCAAUGUAUCGGGUAACUCAACCUAAAGACUUUUUGGAAUUGAUGAAGAUGCCCGAACUGAAAUACACCAUAGUAGAGGAUCGUAGUAAAGCUUUCGCCAUAACAUCGGUGGCUGGUAUUAUUUAUGUUAAGAAUACAACAGCUUUGGAAAAUGCUCCCGAAAUUGUGUAUUUCCUCAAUGUUUCCUGGCAUGAUACCCAUCAGCGUUCGUUUGUGAUAAAUGUUCAUUUGGUAAAUGGUCGUCCCGACAACACCACCUGUGAACACAAAGUCAAAUCUAGAUCACAGACUUGUGCUCAAAUCAAAUACGCCUCUCAAUGUGUUAGAUUUUGUGGUCUUGCCACUAAUGGGAGUAGCUGUGUUUGGCGUGGUUCUAGUGCUGGAUUCUUUGGUCGUAACUAUAAAUCUUGUGUGCCAAAUCCAGAAUUCUGUCCCGAUAAUAUCUGUGAUCCCUUGGAAGAACUUAAUACUGCUGCUUGCCCCCAAGAUUGUACACCUAGCAAUAAGAUUAUGGGACCUCACUCAACAAAUGAAAAUCGUCGAGGCAUACUCUCGGCCUCGGGUACUUGUACAUGUGAGGACAAUGGCAAAUGUUCUUGUGCACCUUUAGAUGAUGAAGAACCCAAGCCGAAACGUAAGCGAAAGAAUGAUACCAGAUCGGAAAACUCAGCUGACAAGCUAGAGAGCCCAAUUUAUAAUCUAAACGCGCAGAAAACUGAUAAAGGUCCUCUUGGAGAAAUGCUAAAUUUAGCGGGCUGGGAAUGUGAUAAUACAUGUGUGAUAGUAGCCAUUACUUGCCCCAUGAUUUUCAUAACACUAAUCAUAUGUUUGAUUCUAACCAAGAGAAGUUUCAACAAACGGUCCUUCAGUAAAGAGAGUGUUACUAAUAAGAAAAAAGAUCAUUUAUCAGAAUGUGAUGUUAAGAAUGGAGAUUUGCCUCUAAUGCAAUUGGAUAAUAGUUUUAAAUUUGAUAGUUCCAUUGCCGAUAGCAAGUGGGAGUUCCCACGUGAAUCAUUGGUCUUAGAUUGUGUUCUAGGCGAAGGUGAAUUUGGCAAAGUAAUGAAAGGUUAUGCCACCGAUAUAGCCCAACGUCCAGGUGUUACUACGGUGGCGGUUAAAAUGCUUAAGAAGGGCGCCAAUUCUGUUGAAUACAUGGCUUUGGUGUCCGAAUUCCAGCUGUUGCAAGAAGUUUCCCAUCCAAAUGUUAUAAAACUAUUGGGAGCUUGUACUAAAGGUGAUGCUCCCAUGAUAAUUAUUGAAUAUGCUCGCUAUGGUUCAUUACGCAGUUAUUUACGUUUGAGUCGUAAAAUCGAAAGUGCCGGCUGUGAGUUUGCCGAUGGCGUGGAGCCAGUUACAGUGCGUAAUAUUUUGUCGUUUAUUUUGCAAAUAUGUAAAGGAAUGAUGUACUUAACGGAAAUUAAGUUGGUUCAUCGUGAUUUGGCCGCCCGCAAUGUGCUUUUGGCUGAAGGUAAAAUAUGUAAAAUAUCUGAUUUUGGUCUAACACGUGAUGUCUACGAGGAUGAUGCUUACUUGAAAAGAUCUAGAGAUAGAGUACCUGUUAAAUGGAUGGCUCCCGAAUCUUUGGCAGACCAUGUUUAUACCACUAAAUCAGAUGUUUGGGCAUUUGGUGUUCUAUGUUGGGAAUUGAUCACUCUGGGAGCAUCACCUUAUCCCGGUAUACCACCACAAAAUCUGUAUCAUUUACUUAAAAAUGGUUAUCGUAUGGAAAAGCCUGAAAAUUGUUCAGAUGAAAUCUAUAAUAUUGUUAAAUCCUGCUGGACAGAUGAGCCAAAUGCCAGACCCUCAUUCAAGUACUUGGCUUCAGAGUUUGAAAAACUAUUGGGUAAUAAUGCCAAAUAUAUAGAAUUGGAAACAAAUGCCUUCUCCAAUCCCAACUACUGUCUCGAAGAGGAGGUAACCAAAGAGGCCUCUAAUAUAGAGGAAACCGAUUUAAGUAAACCCACUAAUUUACAAUGGGGUGAACCAGAGCCCUUGGAUCAUCUAUGGAGACCACCCAAAAUAAGUUAUGAUUUACAAGAUUGCUGUAAUAGUCGUGAUACUACAACAUUCUCUAGCAGUUUUCAGCCACCACCCGGUUAUGAUAUGCCAAGACCUCUCUUGGAAACUCAUACAACCGAACAACGUUUACGUUAUGAAAAUGAUCUCAGAUUUCCACUCAACAUACGUAAAACAUCUAUGGCCGAGCCCAUGAAUAAUAUACAGGCUUCGUAUACAUUGCCGGUUAAACGCGGACGGUCAUAUAUGGAUAUGACUAAUAAAACAUUGCUAUGCGAUAAUUUAGAUAAUGAUGAUUUCGAAAAGCAUAUUUCUAAAACAAUUUCAUUUCGUUUUUCCAGUCUUUUGAAUCUAAACGAACAGGAAGAUAGUAUGGCUUAGAUGUUGAACAAAAAAAAGAAUUCUUUGCGAAAAGAAAACUUAAAAUAUUCUCGAGUAAGAGAUAAUUUCUUGUCACUUUAUCUUUUUUAGGGAAAUUAUAUAGUUUUGAGUCAAAUAUAUCGUUUUAGUUUAACUUUUCGAUAUACCAAAGUUACUGGCUUUAAAAUAGUUUUCCAUAAAUGAAAUCUCUUAAUUAAAUAUAUAGACUAUUCUUUGAUAUACAGCCCUAUUCUGCAUUUCAAUCCGAAUCGCAAUUUUCUCCGUUUUGGCAACUUUAAUAUUCUACUUUGAUAACAACUUGAAAAACGUAGCAACGAUCGCCAUACAGAUUACACAUCGAAAUUCAGAAUAUGGGUUAUCUUUUGUCUCGACGUUACAUAGAUAAAACUUAAUUGUGCCAAAUUUUUUUCUAUAAAUAAAAUUUUAUUUUUUUAUAGACAUACAUACUUACUUAUCUAUGAGAUAUAGAAAAGAGUUUUCCUAUACCACGAACAUCUUUGACAUCGGGAAAUCUUUGAAAUUUUAAAACGAUUUGUCUCAAUUUCUAUAAUUUUGGCAUAAAAUCUUGCAUUUCAAUACUUGAAAGGUAUUUGAAAAAACAUCUAAAAUAAAACAAAAACAAAGUAAAAAUUUUAAGUUUUUUUGUUUAAAUUUGAGAUUGAUAUAUAAAAAUGAUAAAUUUUAAAUCAAAACAAUACUUGAGGGGUGUAGAAACAAAUGAUCUUAUCCAAAGACUUUAGCUACAAUUUGCCAGCAAACUUUUGGCUAAAUUUGUUUCAAACUUGUUUCAGUUAUUCUUCUAAUUCCAUUAUAUUAAGGGAGUAGGAAAACUAAAAUAUAAAUAUCUUUGGAAAUAAAGUUUUAUCAUAUUCAUUUCGAAAAUUACAGAAAUGGAGAUUGCUGCCUUUGUUUCUACACCACUUACUUAGUUAAAUAAUUAGCAAAAUGCCACAUUUCAAAUUCGAAUGAAUUUCCAUGAAAAUUUUUUAAUUUAGUUUUUUAAAGACUGUUAUUAUUUAAUAUAUUUUAGUUUUUAUAUACUUUACUUUUAAAAAAAUAUUAUGUUGAAACUGUUGAUUAGUAUUAGUUUAUUGUUAUUGUUUAAAUUUAAUUCUUUUGCACACAUAAAACAUAAAAUACU